AUGCUUCAUCGAUCUUCGUCUUCGAGGUUAAUGUUAUCGUCUUCCUCAUCAGCUAACUCUGUAAAACUACUAAACUCCAUCAAUGGUUCCUCAAUCUCUUCUUCUAAACCGUUCAGACCCGUUAUGCAAUGGCAAGACGUGACGGUAAAAACGGUAGUAGAUGCACCAGCUUCCGUAGCUUACAAGUUAUACGCAGAUCGUGAAUUGUUCCCUAAGUGGAUGCCAUUUUUAUCAUCUGUUGAGGCAAUGGAGGGUAGUCCUGAUCUAUCCAAGUAUUUGGUAAAACUUGAGUCUUUUGGACAAAAUAUCGAAUAUCAUUUUCUCGCAAAAAAUUUACAGCCAAUUCCAGAUCGAAAGCUGCAUUGGAGAUCUAUUGAAGGCUUUGCAAAUAGAGGCAGUGUUCGAUUUUUCCCUAGAGGUCCUUCCUCGUGCUUAGUAGAGAUUAAUUUUUCAUUUGAAGUUCCACAUGCUUUUGCUCCAGUUGCAUUUGCAAUGAAACCGUUUAUGGAGAAGCUUAUUCGUGGAGGAUUGGAACGUUUUGCUGCCUAUGUGAAGACAACAAACAACUAG